AUGUUGCUCCGUUGGCUGGUAAUCGCACUCGCCCAGGGUGUCUGGGCCAACCACGAGGACGAGCGGUGUGUGACGGCUGUUUGCUCGGCAUACAACUACAUAUCAUUCGUUGGCCUUCCCACAAAGGGCAAAGACGUUUGGGAAUCGCAAUGCCGGAAUCCGCUCAAAGUCGCAUCGAUAUACGCCGCAUCCGAGAUAUAUUGCAAUGAGCAGGAACGGAGGAUAGGCCUGACCCAGCUGGCUGACCAGUGUCAAGAAUUUGGAAACCUUGAGCUGCUGCCGAGAGAAGCCGUCGCCGAAAACCUGACAGAGGAUGCCAUAAAGAAUAUGAAAACUGUUGACUAUCAAGAGUUGUCCCGAAGCGAGCCAGCGGAUACGCCUGUCCUUCUUUCUGCGUCUUACUUUGGUCUAAUGUUCAAUACUAUUGAAUCUUGGGAAUUUGAAACUUGGUCGCAUCAUGCAUUUGGGUAUAUUGGCUACGUAUAUUGGGGUGGCAUCCUGUCACUAGGGAUGGCUUAUCGCUUGUGCGAUUGGUUAUUCCACCGCCGACAACGUCGUGCAGAGCGUGCGCUCGAAUCCAAUGUGUAUCCUCUCAUAAAGUUCUUGGAAAACAUCCCGUUGAUAGGGACAGGGCUUCACUGGAUCCAGACUCAUCUGAUGAUGCCAGCGCCUUUGGCAACAACACAUGGUCGACAUCUGCUAGGCUUCACAUUCUCCACCAGAGUUGAGGCGCUUAUAGUAGUGGGAUUCUGGACAAUCAGCAUCGUAUUGAGUGUCGUGGGCUAUCGCACUUUUCCCGGAAACAUCUAUUAUCCCGAUGUCCCAAGCCAGAUUCUGCGUUAUUCUGCAGACCUAGUGCACUCUAUCCUUUACGUCGUCAUGUUCAUUCAAACGGGCAAAGCUUGGAGGGGUCUGUCCAAGACCUAUGUUCUAUGGGGUAUUUUGGGCACAUUCGUGAUGAUUCUGCUGUUGAUCACGUCGUUGGAUCGGAUUCGCAUUGCGACAUAUGAGCUCUUCUUGAUUGCUCAUAUCGUGCUUUCGAUUCUCACUCUUGUCGGCUGCUUUUACCACACAGUCAUAUUUGAAGGGAACGAAUACUGGAAGUACCUGUGGCCCACACUAGCUUUAUGGGUCAUUGAUCGCUUCCUUCGAAUUGUGCGAUUGUGUUACUGCAACAUUCACGUGAGUCUUUCAAGCAGAAGACUUGUGAAGGUUUCUGUGAGCCGCAUGGUUUACGACGAAAUGGCCGACGUGGUGCGGUUGGAGAUCACACCAGGAACGCCUUCGCUACAACCUUCACCAGGACAGUACUACUUUUUAUACCAACCAUUUCGGCUCACCGGCUGGGAGAGCCAUCCUUUUACAAUUGGAGCUUGGUCUUACGAAAUAGGGGACCAGACAUCGUUGGUACCGACAUCCGACAGAAGGAUCAAAUCGCUUGAUGUUUCGCAUGUACCGCUUCUUGCAGGCGGUGCCUCCGACCGAGAUUACCAAUGCAAUUCAGAAAAUGGCUCUUCGGGCCAGGAGGAAUCUUUGAAGUUGAAAUUGACUUUCUGGGUUCGCCCGUAUGACGGUUGGACCAAACAGUUGCGCCGGAAAUGUCUGAGCUCACCAGAUAAGACAAGCGAAACAACCAUUCUUCUUGAGGGCCCUUAUGGAGAAACCUUUCCACUGUGGAGGUAUGAAUCAGUCUUGAUCAUUGUUGGUGGAACGGGGAUAGCGUCGGCUGUGCCUUACAUUCAAGAUCACAUCCGCCGGUCGGUUGAAGACUGGGAUGCAAGCUCCGAGAAUGAGAAAACACGGGUGAGAGACAUGGAGUUUGUUUGGACCACUAAACAAGCGGCCUUCAUUCAAGAUGUCGCGCGGCGGGAGCUGAAGCACGCCCUCAAACGAGAGGACUUUAGUGCCUCAUUCUACGCUACGCGUGAUUCCACGACAUACUCUGAAGAUCCUCCCGGCUUUGGAUUCGAGAUCCAGUCAGGUCGACCUCACCUUCAAUCCCUGAUCAUGAGUCGGGCCUGCGAUGCAUGCUCAGCUGGUACUAGUCUUGCCAUCCUGGUAUGUGGCCCACCAAGAAUGGCAGAUGAAGCACGCGCCGCGACACAUCUAGCGAUGUGCCAAGGCCACCGCUCUAUUGAAUUCGUGGAGGAGUCAUUUACGUGGUAG